AUGGAACUCAGAAAUGGAGAAAAUUCCAGCUCCAACGAGAAAGACAUCAUCUCAAUCCAGGACAAAACGCAAUGGUGUAUCGACAUGAUCAACAGUUUGUCUGAUUCUGAUCCAGCAAAGAUACUUCUCCUUUUGGGACGUCCCGGAGUCGGGAAAUCAUCAUUCUUGGAGAGCGUGACCGGUGCCAGUGGCCACGCGGGUGAUGGUACAGAUCCUGCCGCCGAUAAUCUUACCAAGACGAUCCAGAUCGAAGCUGUUGGGGUUGGUCAGACUCUGCUUUUCGUCAUGGACACGCCUGGCAUCAAUACAAAUGCAGAAGAAGCGGCUCUUACCGAAAUCGCACGUGGGAUCGACCGCAUUCGGUCCAAAGCUCGAAUCGUUGGCGUCCUCUACGUAAGCAGAAUCAUCGAUCGAAACGAAGAUAUCGAUGACAAAUUGCGGCCCUUUCUCCUAAGCUUUUGCGGCUCCAGAUUCAUGCCGCAGGUCACAUUCGUUACGACACACUGGACUGCAGAAGUAGAAGCGCAAAAGCGUGCAUUUAACCGGAAUCUCGAGGAGCUCAAAAGAAGGAACCAGAGGGACUUUGUGGAUAAGGGAGCAAGGUUCUAUGAGCAUGGACGAGAAUUUGUCAAUGGAGGUGGCUCAUCCGGGUUUCUCCAUUGGUGGCGUCAGCAGAACGACAUUGCUAUCCAUGCAAAGAGUAUGAUCCGUAGCUGGUAUGGAGGAAAACAUGAGGCGGAAAGCCCUCGCUUUGUUCAACAGCUCGAAAGUCCUAUCGAAGUUCUUCAAACAGACGCUGCAAGGUCGCUAGGAGUUUCCUUUGAUGGCUCCGAAUCCACCUCCGCACCUGGACAGGGAGAAGAUGCACUAAAUGCGGAUCAAAAGUCAAGAGAGACACCAGGAUCGACGCCUAGUAUGGGUACAAGUGCGAGUACGAAUACAACGCAAGAAGAAGGGGAGAAAGAGGGAGAGAAAGAGGGAGAGAACGAGGGAAGAGGACAUAUUCAAGAACAAAAUGAACUCUCAAUCUGGCAGAAGGCCUGGGACGGCGUCAAAAGCCUCCGGCCCACAAUUAACGUCACCAACGACGGCAUUAGCAUAACGUUGUCCACACCCAAUCAAGAUGAGAACAUCCAGGGAACCUUUCAACAUCCUUUUCGUCGAAGUCAUGCUCCUUGCAACCAGAGUGAAUCAUCCGGAUAG